AUGUUCACGCGGUGGCAGCUCACGGACGAGGAGCGCGUGUUUCUCAAUGCCGCCUACCUUGGAGAUGUGGGGAUCGUGCGCCAGUCACUGGAAGAUUCUGUGGAAAGCUCGCUGAAUGUCAACUGCGUGGAUUACAUGGGUAGGAACGCCCUGCACCUGGCCAUCGACUCGGAGAAGCUGGACGUCAUCGAGAUCCUGCUGGACAACCUCAGCUUCAACUGCAUCGAGGAGGCCCUGCUGCACGCCAUCUCCAAGGGCGCCACGAAGAUCGUCAAGCUGAUCAUCGAGCACCCGAACUUCAUGGCGGGCGAGGACAAGCUGAAGCGCAUGGGCGGCGGGGACGCGUUCUUCCGGCUGGAGGAGAAGAGCCAGUUCCCGCCGGACAUCACGCCGCUGAUCCUCGCCGCCCACUACAACAACCAUGAGAUUAUCCAGAUGUUCCUGUCCAGGAACCACACCAUCGAAAAGCCCCACCCCAUUUCUUGUAAGUGCCAGGACUGCGUGACCAAACAGAACUACGACUCGUUGAAGAGGUCGAGGUCGCGCUUGAACGCUUACCGCGCCCUGGCGAGUCCGGCUUACAUGGCUCUGUCCAGCCCAGACCCUAUCAUGACGACCUUUGAACUCAGGCAGGAAAUGAUGAAAUUAGCGGAAGUUGAGAAAGAAUUUAAGGUG